AUGACCUUCCCAUCGUUGCUCUCCGAUCAUGAGCAGAGGGCCUUCUCAGAGUUUCUCAACCAGCUGGCGCAGGAAGACAAUACCGGACAACCAAAAGUCGAUGGACUCAGCGGCCCCGGUGGUGUUGAUCCCACUUUGACACAACAGCAGCAGCAACAACUUCAACUCCAGCUUCAGCACCACCUCCACCUCCGUCAACUCCAACAACAGCACCAGCAGCAACAACAGCAGCAAAACGGACUCCCUGGGCUGCCAAGGAUGCAGAGUGCUCCUUCCCUCCUUCCCCCACCCAUGGCGCUGGACCCCUCAGCUGCCCAGGCUCAGCAGCAACGCGACUGGAUUCAACAAAUCAGCUCCAACCCUCUUCUGGCUCCCGGUGGCGUUAUCAACCCCCAUGCUAUGAGUCAAGCCAUGCUGCAGAACCCGCUUCUUAUGGCCCAGGCUAACGCCAUCUCUCAAGCCAUGGUACUCGCUCAGCAGCAGCAGCAGCUCCAGCUCCAGCAGCUCCAGCAACAUCAGCAACAGCAGGCGCAACAUCAACAACAACAUCAUUUCCAACAGCAGCACCUUCAACAGCAACAACAGCAUGACAACCAUGGACACAAUCUUCACCACUCUAUGCAACAACAACAACCUCAACAUUCACACCCUUUCCAGCAACAGUCUCACCCUAUGGCAGCACCUCCUCCACCCCACAACCAGCAACAGCAACCUUACCCUAGUCAACAACAGUACCAACAACAGCAACAAUACCAACAAGACCAUCACUCCAACAAUGACCCUAUGUCACCCACUAGUGAAUCCGGAGCGCCUCAGCAAAUGGCAUCGAAACCGGCUGCGAAGCGGAAAUCAAAGUCAGAGGCUCCUUCCAAUGAACCUACUGGACUGGAGAACGGCUCUGCCUCUCCUCGGCCUUCAAGCCCGCUCCCUCCAUCCACCCCUCUUCGUGGGCAGCCUUCUCCAGUAGAGUCUAUGGGAAUGAACGGUAAUUCGACACAACUUUCCAGGCAGGAGAGCGAUACCGACAACACCCCAGCGCCACCCACCAAAAAGGCAGCUCGUCGCAAGGGAUCAAUGGCAAAGUCUAUGUCCAUGGAUUCUUCAUCAGGCCUUGUGGUCAAAUCGCCUCAUCGCUCCAGUCGGGAUGGGUUUGAUCCUAUGCAGGGAACUCCUAGAAAGAAGGGCAAGAGCGACUCUAUCAGCAAACUCGGUCUCUCACCAUCUCAACAGAAUGCCCUUGUCAACGGAAACUCGAGCGACAUUAACCAAUUCAAGGAAGAAAGCGUCGAGGCGGAAUCGAAGCAGGAAGCUGGCAGCCCAUCGCCAUCAAUACAGCAACAACACGACUCGGUGUCGCCCGCUCCCUCACAGUCGACACCAGCAUCGUCAAAACCCGGCACCAAAAAGCUUCCCCAUGAGCUUCUGACCGAGGCUGAGAAGAAGGCCAACCAUAUCGCCUCUGAGCAGAAGCGGCGACAAAACAUUCGUGUCGGAUUCGACUCUUUAGUGGAGAUCGUUCCUACCCUGAGCGACUGUCAUCGAAGUGAGGCUGUCAUUUUGCAAAAAUCUGUCGAUUACAUCCAUCGAUUGCUGAACCAGAAGAAUGAAUUGAAGAGCAGAGUCCGAGAAUUGCAAACGCACUUGGGUGAUCCUUUGGACGAUGUUGACUCAGGAUCUGACAUGGAAGUUGAGCAAUACGAAUAA